AUGACAGCUUGUCUCGCAUCCACAGACAUUUUCAGAGGCAGCUAAACAGUCUGAGCAGCACUUUUGACGUCAGGAAUAAUCAUUCCAGCCUACUCUCUCAUCCGGGUCUCGUUGCUCUCCUCCUCUCCUCCUCUCCUCCUCUCCUCCUCUUCUCCUCCUCUCCUCCUCAUCCUUUGUGGGUUUAAUAUCUGUUUAAUCCACAGCAGCGGCAACACACAUAUGCACACAUGUGAAGAAGAGCAGCCGCGAGUCGUCUCCUUCUCCGUUUAUCUCCGUUCCCUGAAAUCCGGGAGAGGAUGUCAGCGCCGCGGCUCAACAAGUCUCUCUUGUUUUUCACACGUUGAGUGCGCAUGGCUGCGGGAUGGAGAUAGCCUUGGUGAGCUUUGAGAACGGCGGCGCCAAAGGAAGCGGCGGCGGCGGUGGUGGCGGCAACAAUGCCGAGCAGAGCUGCCGAAAUGCGCUGGACGUCCCUCAUCCUCAUCAGCCGGGCUUCGUGCAAACUGGACUCGGAGGAGAGGACUACAGUAAAGAGCUGAAUACCCGGGGGAGUCCGCAUCAGCAGGCGCCUCAUCUGCCUCAUCAUCUGCAUCAGAGCUCCUGGAAAAUCAACGACAUGAACAACACAUUCAGCUGCAGCGAGAACGCCAUGGAUGCGCUUCUACGCGCGGACCACAGUCCCCAUCUGUUUGACGAGGACAUGCUGGACAUGGACACGGAGAGCAACGAGAGGGUGCUCAUCAACAUCGCCGGGCUGAGGUACGAGACCCAGCUGGGCACCCUCAACCAGUUCCCUGACACUUUACUGGGAGACCCCUCCAAGAGGAUUAAGUACUUUGACCCGCUCCGUAACGAGUACUUUUUCGACCGCAACAGACCGAGCUUUGAUGGGAUUUUGUAUUUCUAUCAGUCGGGGGGGAAGAUCCGGAGACCUGUCAAUGUGUCCAUUGAUGUGUUCGCGGAUGAGAUUAGGUUUUACCAGCUGGGGGAGGAGGCCAUGGAGCGGUUCCGGGAGGAUGAAGGCUUUAUAAAAGAGGAGGAAAAGCCGCUGCCUCAGAACGAGUUUCAGAAGCAGGUCUGGCUCAUUUUUGAGUACCCGGAGAGCUCCAUGCCGGCUCGGGGCAUCGCCAUUGUUUCUGUGAUUGUCAUCACCAUAUCCAUCAUCACCUUCUGCCUGGAGACGCUGCCGGAGUUUCGGGACGAGCGGGAGCUCCCGGUGACCAGCCGGCUGGACAACAGCACGGCGCCGCGGUCCUCCCUCACCUUCACCGACCCCUUCUUCAUCAUAGAGACGACGUGCGUCAUCUGGUUCACCUUCGAGCUGUUCGUGCGCUUCUUCGCGUGCCCGAGCAAGUCGGAGUUCUCCAAGACGGUCAUGAACAUCAUCGACAUCAUGUCCAUCAUGCCUUACUUCAUCACAGUGGGCACGGAGCUGGCGGAGCAGCAGGGCCAGGAGCACCAGAACGGGCAGCAGGCCAUGUCGCUCGCCAUCCUGAGGGUCAUCCGCCUGGUCCGGGUCUUCCGAAUCUUCAAGCUGUCCCGCCACUCCAAGGGGCUGCAGAUCCUGGGCCAGACUCUCAAAGCCAGCAUGCGGGAGCUCGGCCUGCUCAUCUUCUUCCUCUUCAUCGGAGUCAUCCUGUUCUCCAGCGCCGUGUUCUUCGCCGAGGCGGACGAGCCGGAGUCGCACUUCUCCAGCAUCCCGGACGCCUUCUGGUGGGCCGUGGUCACCAUGACGACAGUCGGCUACGGCGACAUGAGGCCCAUCACGGUCGGGGGGAAGAUCGUGGGCUCGCUGUGCGCCAUCGCCGGCGUGCUCACCAUCGCGCUCCCGGUGCCGGUCAUCGUGUCCAACUUCAACUACUUCUACCACCGGGAGACGGACCAGGACCAGUCCUCGCUGAAGGACGAGCCGCACGACGGCCGGGCGAGUCCAGAACCCAAACGCAAGGGGAGCAAGACGUCGGCGAAGUCGGCGGACGCGGAGAACAGCAACGCCAACGGGUCGGCGGAGAAGGCGAACAUCAAAGCGAACAGCAGCAUGGACUUCAAGAGAUCCCUUUACGCUUUCUGCCUGGACACGCGGGAGACAGACCUGUAGUCCUUCCAGACCCGGACUUUAAAAAACACAUAAACUAAAAUAUAUAUAUAUAU